AUGUCUCAACCACUCGGCCCCUUCAAGCUCGUCACCGUCAACACGGCCCCCGAGCGCGCCUAUCGGCUCAUCGGCCGGGUUGUGGAGGAUGUCAAGGACAAGUACACCAUCAUCCACGCUGGCAAUGCAGAGAGCAUUGACAAAGUAAAAGAAACUGUCGAGGCAGCUCAGCCCAACGUCCUGUUCACUGCCUCCAUGUGGACCCCCGAGCAAGCAGCCGAGAUCAUCGCCAUCGCCAAAGAAAUCGUCCCAGACCUCAAGACUUUCUCCCUGCCUCAGGGGUUGCAGGUGGACAAGGGGCCUGACGCGGUGGUGAAGUACAUCAAGGAGAAUUUGCCUGGUUUGCUUGAGUAG